AACAUGGCGGCGAGCGGUUAUAAAAAUAGAAUUUGUUCGUUUUCUAACAAUCUCUUCUUUAUUACGACAAGUUCCAAACAAAAACGGUUUUUGGAUAAAGGUUGAGAAGUGAAAUUUCCAGUUAUGGAGUGGAAAAAGGGAAAAGCCAUGGCUUAUGCUGGUCGUACGGUUCGUUCUCGCUUUGCACAAACUCGAGGGAAAAGAUCAGAAGGUCUUUUAGUAAGAUCAAAAAUCACCAACCCUUCGCAUGUCAGUAACGAAGACGAGGCAGAUAUAGUUAGCUACUCGCUUGGCAAGCAGAAUCGUUGGCUUCUCCCCGAGGUGAUUAAGACAAAUUCUGUUGAAUUCGAAGGUGAAGUUGUGUUGAUAGAGCGGUAUAAUGAACACAACAAAAAUCGUCGCCAAGGCACCCUCUCUGUUUUUAACUCCAAAAAGAAUAACUCCACAAACGACACAAGCAAAAAAGCCAAACGAAAACGCACACGGUGUAAACAAUCUCCCACGGUGGUCGAGGAAAACGCUUUGAAGACACAGUACGAGGUGACCUACCCGAAUCCCUCGGGAUGGAUGUCAAAGAGUAACAAACGACCCGCAGUGCAUCAAGGAAAGAGGAAGAAAAAUACAUGCAAAAACUGGAUGUCUGAAGAUGAUUUUGGUGGCAAGAGUGACACUGAAUGCUGUUACAGCGAAGAUGAAAAUUGCUUCAGCGAGGAUAUUUUUGACAGGACAUCAAGCUGUCUGUUUGACUUUGACUUACUUGUAGAUUUGUCAACUCGGUCAGUUCAGUCAAAUGCAAGAAAGAGUGCAACACUGCACAGAGAAAAGGAGUCAAAAUUGGCAGAGAAAUGCAUUUUUGUUGAUAGUGACGAUGAGAUGCACAAAGAACAUCUUGAAAUCUUAUCGCAAAUGAAUGCCGGGUGCUCACUUUUUGAUGUCAGAAUUCAGAUGAAAAAUGCUGAUGUAACAAAGGGUCAAGUCCAAAGAAGACGCCAACGUAACCAGGGAACAAGAAGGCAACAAGAAAACAAUAAUUCACCAGUCAGUGAAGAGGCAGUUGCACCAGUUGUUAAACCUCUGUCAUUUUAUUCAAAUGAAGUUGAAGGUGAGUUCAUUAUGCUGAGGAAACAGGACAUUGUGCCAAUAGCCUUGAAGCAGCAUUGGGGGCAGAUGUACAAAGAAGGAGCUUGCCAUCCCAGAGCAUUUGUUCUGAAUGUGACACCACUACUGUCCAUCCAUAACAGUAAAGAUGUUUUUAUUGUCUUCAGAGUCUUUGAAGAGCAAUGUCUUACACUUCAUUCCAGUGAAGCUAAAGCCGUGGUUACCAUAGUAGUUUGUAAUGAUGAUGCUUGUUACAGCAGAGUGCCGAAGGAGUUUGCUACUAAUAUUGAAGCUAAAAGUGCAGAUCAAAAAUUCUGGACCCUAGAGGACAUUGUCAGUGUUGCAUCAAUUUGUUUCCGCUCAGAUGCAAUAAGUUGCUCCAAAGAAGGAAUGCAGUUCAGGGAGCCACGACAACCCAGGAUGUCUUUAGAUGUGUUUUCUGACCUGUUUGGGUGGAAGUCUAAGACCUUCUCAGCACAGGGUGCAAAGCAAGAGAUCAAAGAAUCGACCCUCAUGGCUAUAAAGGACUUAAACACAGCGUCUUCAUUGGUGGCUUCAAGUGGUCAAGAGCAGUGGCUGGAAUGUGAGAUUUGUUUCAAGGAAACGCAGGAUUUGGGAAUAGGUGAGGAAAAAACAAUUUGUUGAGUAUAUGAGUUAUACAGUAUGUAGUGCAACAAUGUUAUAUUAGCGCAAUUAAUUGUGCAGAUGCAGUGUGUAUUGUUACAGGUCAAAAUUAAAUUCAGGUUAAGAGUUUUUUAACCUACAGUGUAGGUUGAUUCUCAAUUUCCUUAAUGUCUCCUAGCCCUAAUUCAUUAAUAUUCAGGGAUUAGGAUAGGAGGCAAAGGAAGUAGAGAACCAACCUACACUGUAGGUUAAAAAAUCUUAACCUGAAUUUAAUUUUCACGUAUGACAUAUAUGCCUGAUGAAACAUUGUAGAUCAUCUUGUUGUGGCAAAUUAGGCAAAAAUACACAUGUAUAGUUUAUACCAUUCAUGCACAUAAAUUAUCUUGAAGUUCUCUCUCUCUCUCUCUCUCUCUCUCCUGGCUUGGUGUUGGGGGAUGCAAUCUAUUUUAUUGUGAGCCAAGCUGAUGUGUUUAUUCUCAGGUUUCUGUGAAAAUAAUCAGAAUUUUGCAUUUAAAAUCAUGAAAAUUACUUGUACAUGUAGUAAUUCACUUUUAUCAUCUCAAUCGGUCAGUAACAGCUGAGUGUUCCAGUAGUGAUGAGGAUGAGUUUAGAUCUGAUGGGAAAGAGUCCCCUUAACUAAUCAAGGACACCUAAAAUUUAAUUAACUGUCUUAAAGCUCUAAUAAUGAAUCUUGAGUUACAGGAUACAAAAAUUGAAUCUUCAUCUAAAAUUUAUGGUGAAUAAUAUGACCCUUUUAGUUUGUAUGUUUUGUUUUCCCAAUUCAGACUACAUGAUGUUCUCAAGAAGGGAAUUUGUUGUUUGUCUUUUUAUUAGUCAUGCAUGUGGAUGCAUGGCACAAAAUUUGAAAGAAAGAAUUCUCUGAGGUUAUUAAAAACAUCACGUGGUCUGCAAUGGGAAAAGAAAAUGUACGAGCUAAAAAGGUCUAUUAUUUACACUGCUGUCAUUUUUAAUUUUACUUCAUAUAAUGACAGUGAAUCAGUUCUAUGUGGAACGUAACUUACAAUGUAGCAUUAACAAGAUCUAUUGCUCAUUAAAAUUUGUAGGAUUUGAUGUGAAUAACUCAUUCACAUCGUUAGGAGGUUGUGGUCACAAGUUCUGUGAUGACUGUUGGAGAGCUCACUUGAAGACCCAGAUUCAGCUUGGUCGCACAGAUCUGAGGUGCCCUGGGCCUGACUGUACUGCUGCAGUGGACGAUGUCACCCUGAUGUCACUUGUGCCGUCAUGGUAUGGCAGGCAUCUAACAAAGAGGCUGGAUACAUUUCUGGAGAUUGACCCUAAAUGGAAGUGGUGUCCUGCUGACCAAUGCAAUUUGGUUGUCAAGGCAACAAUUCCACAGAGUCCCUCAUCAGUGUCUGAUGAGUGUGAAGAUGGUCCCCAGCCAGUGCCGGUGGCUUGUGUGUGCGGUAGCAUGUGGUGUUUCAAGUGUCAGGAAGAUGCCCACUGGCCAGCAACCUGUGAGGAGGCUAGAGUGUUCAGAGAGAAGAAUGCUUCUUAUGCUCGUUUAACAACUUCUAAAGACAGAAAGCUGGUCACAAACGUUCAAGUGAAGCAUUGCCCCUUUUGCCACUACCCUAUAGAGAAGGGAACCGGAUGCGAUCACAUGAGAUGUGUUAUGUGCUUUAAAGAGUUCUGCUGGGCAUGUCUGGAGAAGUGGUCUGAUUAUGGUCAUGGCUGCAAAAAGUUUGUGAAUCUACGCACAGUUACUCUGCAAUCAAAACUAGUUCAUGUGAUGAGUUACAAGCUUGUUGCAGUUACAAGCCGAGUUGCCAGAACAUCAUUUCUGAUAUGCAAAGUCCAUCGGAAGCUGGAUAGGAUUAGGAAAGAACUGAACAUUUAUGCAAAAUGUUUCCCUCUGAAGCCAGGUUCAAGUCGCACUGAGAAGAGAUUGAACCAGCUGUGUGAAAAUAAUUCCAUCCACGAAUUAAAAGAAGUGUUUAAUUUCAAAUUCCAAGCCCUGUUAGUUCUGGAAGGCGCAGCAAUGAGGCUGUCAUUUGCUAAGGACACUUCUUGCAGCAAGAAGCUGGCCAUGGCAUUUGGUAGACUGUUUUUCAUUGUGGAAAGGAUGGAUGAGAUCCUCAAAGAUUUCAACAGUUGUCUUAAAGAUAAGGACUGCCUCUUCAAGCUCAAACAUUUUGUCAAGUGUGGCAAGAGGUGUAUUCAUUUAAUUGGCCAUAAUACAGCAGCGAAUGUUGAACAUUUUAAAGUCUAA